AAUUCUAUCAGUGUAUUGGUUAAUGUGCGUGUGGUGUCAGUGUAUGUGGUUCUUUAAGUAAAAAAUAUAUCGGAGUUUAUUAAAACUUUUAAGCAACAAAUUCAGCCUGCCUUGUGUUUUUAUAUCAUUUAUUUUAAAAGGGGCAAAAAGUGCAGCAAAUGUCAGGCGUGGAUCAGAUGAAAAUACCAGGAAACACAGCUAAAUCGGUCGAGGAGCGCAACAUACCAUGGAGCCAGCAAGUCGAUGAGGCCUCUUAUGAAAAUCUACCCUCUCCCACUCACGAUGAAGUCUCUGUCAAUGAAAGCUCCAUGCAAUUCCAAUAUCCGCCGUUCAACUUUAAGGAGAACUGCAACACUCCAUGGAAUAAUAUGAACAAGGGCCGAAAAGCAAGCGCCAACCAUGAUUCAUAUAAAAGACAUGGCCAUAGUAUUCCCAACAACACAAGACGCGACGAGCACCAAGUAAAUCCUUGGAAUUCCAGGAAACCAGCAGCACAGUCGAUUCGAAAUGAGAACGACCACCCGUCUACAAAGCUGGACAACAGAACAAGCGAUGAAGCACAAAAUCAAGAAGUUGUCGCCGCUCCCAAGAAGACAACCUGGGCCUCUAUUGCCUCCCAGCCGGCCAAACUAACAUCCAGAGCAGCGUCCACCACUUCCAAUAACAAGAAAAAGGGUCCUGGCAUGCCACCACCACCAAUGGUUCCAGGAAAGCACAAUUUAGACGUUAACGUAUGGGACUUGCCGAACAAUAAACCUCCUCCUGUACCUUCUCCUCCCUCGCCGAUCGACUUGGGCUACUCUGACUUAAGUUCUGACUUCUCCAUAUCGGGCAACACAGCACCGCCACUGGGCGGUCGAACCGAGAAGGUGCACAAGGACACGGAGAACUUCCAGAAGUACGAGAACAAGGGAUUGGGCAGCAACAAUAAUAAUUUUAGCAGAGCCAAGGUUUCGCCUACGGGUCCCGUUCGCCGGAAUCUGGGAGCCCAGCAGCCGGUCAUCCAUGCAGCUCCUCGUCCAGCAACCAAUCCAGGUCCCUUUGGGCCACCCAACGCCAGGCGACACGAUGGCGUGCCACAUCCAAGCCGGAACUCAGAGCGCUCGGGCAACUAUAACAGUUUCCGCAGCAGCGAGUUUGAGAACGCUUCUAAGUUCGAGUACCGGGACGAGAACCAAUCACGACCGGUGGAAGCCACAUCUACAACCGAGGAGGUGCCUGUCGAUCCCCAACUUCUGUUGGAUGAGUUAAAAGACAAAAACAAUUAUAACCCGAAAGUGGUGGACUUAAACAAAGCCACGGCAGCCAGGUUCUUUGUCAUCAAAUCGUAUUCCGAAGAUGAUAUCCACCGCAGUAUAAAGUAUGAGAUUUGGUGCUCAACCGACCAUGGCAACAAGAGAUUGGACGAUGCUUUCAAGGAACGGCACAAAGAGGGCGGCAACAUCAUGCUGUUCUUCUCGGUAAACGGAUCCGGCCACUUUUGUGGCAUGGCACAAAUGAUGACGGCGGUGGACUACAACUCAACGUCAAGCGUCUGGUCGCAGGACAAGUGGAGGGGCAAGUUCAAGGUGAAAUGGAUUUAUGUGAAAGAUGUGCCUAAUGGAAAGCUGCGCCACAUUCGACUAGAGAACAAUGACAAUAAGUCGGUGACGAACUCGAGGGACACCCAGGAAGUGCCCAACGACAAGGGCAUUGAAGUGCUCCAGAUAUUGCACUCAUACAACCAUUCAACGUCCAUAUUCGAUGACUUUUUCCACUACGAAAAAAAGCAGGAGGAAGAGGUCUCCUCGAAGCGUCCGCCAAUGCACGUUCCCGAUGGAAACAACCAAGUGCAGGCCCCACUUGCCCGCAGUUUCAACCGCCAGGUGGACGACAAGGAUAGGGAUCGUGACGGACGCAUGUCACAAAAACACUUUAACGCUGGAGGCGGAGCAGGUUUCCGUAAUCCAGGUCACAGGGGCGGUGCCGGAAGCGGCGCAUCACACAGCAACUACAGCGAGUAUCGCCGGGGAUUCGACAUUCAGAAAUCAGGCGGCGACUAUCAGUUUAAAGACCGAGACGGCUUGGACUUUGACAGAGAAAAUGACUUUGGAGCCCACUACGGAUCCAAUAACCGAAAAAACGAAUAUCAACAGAACAAUGCUAACAAGACCAGGUUAAAAACCCGUGAUCGUGAUUUCAGUACUGAACAAAUAAAAAUCGGCGUGCGCUUUAAGGUGGGUUUGUCCGCAUCUAAGGAUUUGGCAAGAGACACCGACAAGGAUAAAAUGCGAAGCAAUGAAUAUUCAUAAAUUAACUGAGCUGCGGUAGAAUUCUUUUUUAAAUGAUAUUGAAUGGACCCCCACAAUCCGUUGAAUUGCUUAGAGACGUUUAACUAUAAUUUUUAGAUUUUUUAACCAUUGCGUGUACAAGAUAAAAUCCCGAUUCAUGAAGAACAUAUAAAACGAACAUGUGGGAACUAGGAUUAAUGAUUAAAAUAUGAUAACAUUUUUACGUAAUUAUUUAUUACAAUAUUUAUAUAAAUCUAUUGACGCUCACAUUGAACAGUUCAUAAAAAAUUAAUGAUCGAUUUUGCCGAUAUAUACAACAUUUAUAAACACCAAGGAGUCUGCUUCAGCCAUUCCUUGUAGUUGCACUGUAACAAUUUAUACAACUUAUUUGAAUCUAAAGUGUACACGACUUAUGUAUGUAUAAUAUAAUUAAAGUAACCAAUCCAUCAUUUACUCAUUGACUAAACUACCUACAUCUCUUAAUAUAAAUCCGCUAUUUGUAAGAGAUUGAUCAAAAAUUUUCUUUCCAACAAGCUUAAAAUAGUAUUUUCUAAAUAAUACUUAAACAUAAAGCAAUAUGGGCCGAAUACUAUUACUUUCACAGCGCUAUCCAAUAAUUAUACGUUAGUGGAAGACUGAAACACUAUAAUAAAAAAAGUCAUGUACGUAACCAAAUUAAACCCGACAAAAGUUAUAAUCAUAAAGCGAACUCAUACUCUGAAUGCGAAGACAUAUUUGAAUAAUAAGCUACUAUUUUUAGAUUAAGCAAACACGAAAAGUAAAAAGGGUUUGUUCAAAGUGGAGUAACAAUUGAGAUUAUAUGCUAAUCGAUAACGGA